AUGAGUUUCUACCUCAUACCAUCUGCUUCGUAUCAAAUGCAGCAGAAGAUGAAGAAGCAGAAGGGGGGAAAAUCCAAACACAAAAGUCACAAACACUCGCGUGCCUCGCAAAAGGAGAGUGGCUCAAUAUCAGAACCAACAAGUUCGAAAGCUUCACUAUCUUCUGAAUCUACAUCAUCAUCAAUUUCUAAGAUUCCUCCUCAAGUGCCAGCAAUGGAAGAACUUAAUGAAGUUGGUGCGGACGAGGUGGUCAGUAAUACCGACGUUGCCAGUUUACCUGCGUCUCCAGCAAGAGCAUCUUCAACUUCAGCAUUUAGUAUUGCUAAUCAGUUUUGGUCAAAUACUGAUAAAUUGAAUAGGUCCAGCUCCCAGGUUAGUGGAAAGAGUAAUGACUCAUUAUCGAUACUUUCCAAUAAGUCAGCAGAUACAACGAAUCAGAAAUUUAGAGCCAAUUCAGAUCAGUACUCAUCGCCUAAAGAUUUAAACAUCAGCCCUAAAGCUUCUGACUCCAAUUUGAACUUGUCUCGAAAUGCCCGACAGCCAUCCGUAGUGUCUACACUUUCACAGGAUAGUAUGAAGGAGGAUAGAAGUAAAUUGCGAUCUCCGGCAAUAAAAAUCCCCUCUCUGAAAAUACCCAAGUUCAAUUUGAUAAUAGACUUGAGCGUUAUAAACUCCUCACAAGGAAUUAAGGAAAACUUUUAUAGUCCUGCUUUUCAAUUAUUUCGUUAUAAUAGCUUUCUCGAACUAUUAAACGAGCAUCACAGAGAUGACCCGAUCAACUUUGCAACUCUAAGACUUCAAUCUUUAUUCAAAUUCAUUUUACGUCAUAGAAGUUGCAAAGAUUUAUCUAUUAGCGGCCAAACAUAUGAUGUGAGCUAUUAUGAAGGGAUUCUUGCCCACCAGCUAACAUGUGUGAGGAGGUUUUUGCGUAAUUUAAUAAGGAUGCAAACAGAGGAUAGGCAAAAGUUGGCAGUGAAGAAUUGUGAAGAACUAAUAAUGAUAAAUUUUACUAACUAUGUGAGAUAUUUGGUUAAUUUACCUGACUCCCUGGAGGUGGUGCUUGAUGAGCUGGAUAACAUUAUACGCACUCACUAUCACUUUAAGCAUGUUUUCAAAGUGAUAGGCAAUGCUCUCUACACAUUGAAAAAGGUAGAUACAGGAGAAGCUAUAUCUUCGAACUUCAAAGAAAGUUUGACCUUACAGUCUGUUACUAAGGUAUCCUAUGAAUACAUUUUGCUUGAAAUGUAUCUAAUUCAUAUAUUGGCUAAAUUAAACAACAAUUCUAUUAUUGGAAGCAGGAUCGCGAAGCAUUUGUUUGAAGUGUACGUGGAAAGGAAAAAGGCUGAAAAUGAUGAUCUGGUCAAAGUGUUAUUUUUCAAUUCAAGUUUCAGUACCCAAUAUUCCUGGUUUCUUGCACUUACGAUACCUUUUGUCCGACUCAUUGAAACCGACAUAUACAACGAGGAUAAAAAUUUAAUAAAUGCUCCUGAUGCAUAUGACGAAGCCGAGAAGGAUGCAGAAAAGGACACUUUCUUUAAACUGGAUAGGGAGCUUGCGAAAAACUAUUUCAGUUUUCUUGGAUUUAAAGACUAUGAGCUGUAUAAAAAUUCAACUCCAAAAGAACUCGUUCAACUACUUCGAAAUGUCGAAAGACGUUCUCCCGUAGUUGAAGGUGUAGCUAAAAAACGUCUUCCUAAUCCAAAUGCUACAGUUAGCUACGGGCCAAGGAACUUUGAACACUAUUCUAAAAGCUUAAUGCAUUUGCCCUCGGAAUCAUUCGAUCUUGUACAUAGCAGAGACAUUGCACUAAAUGUCACCCCAAGGAGCUAUAGCAUUGUCUUGAAGCAGUUUUAUCGAAUACUACGGGUAGGUGGAAUAUUGGAAUUUCCUUUAUUCCUUCUAGGAGAAGAUGCAAUAACUAAGAUACAAGAUAUGAACUCAAGCUACUUUCCUAAAAGAGCAAAAUUCAUGGACCUUGAUUUAGCUGAAGUCUUUGAUUUAGUACCAGAUAUACCGCAAGCUUUCCUAAGAGAGUUGUCAACUUUAUUUGGCGAGGAAAACGUAAGAUAUGGAAUGGUACUUUUAAGUUCUGUCAAUGAUAUGAAUUCUUUCUUAGAAACACAGAUAUGCUUUCGUUUAUUUGAGAUGUUGGGAAAAAUCGAUGAGUUUUGCUCUUCUAAAGAAGUGGUAGGGCCCAAUGAAGCUGUACAUUAUUUAUUCUAUCUUACAGCUAAGAAGUGCUAG